AUGCCCCGCCACCACGCGGGAGGAGAGGAGGGCGGUGCCGCCGGGCUCUGGGUGAGGAGCGGCGCGGCGGCGGCGGCGGCGGCGGGUGGGGGGCGCCCGGGCAGCGGCAUGAAGGAUGUGGAGUCCGGCCGCGGCAGGGUGCUGCUGAACUCGGCGGCCGCCAGGGGCGACGGCCUGCUGCUGCUCGGCACCCGCGCGGCGGCGCUCGGAGGAGGUGGCGGCGGCCUGAGAGAGAGCCGCCGGGGCAAGCAGGGGGCCCGGAUGAGCCUGCUGGGGAAGCCGCUCUCUUACACCAGCAGCCAGAGCUGUCGGCGCAACGUCAAGUACCGGCGGGUGCAGAACUAUCUGUACAACGUGCUGGAGAGACCCCGAGGCUGGGCGUUCGUCUACCACGCGUUCGUUUUUCUCCUUGUAUUUGGUUGCUUGAUAUUGUCAGUGUUUUCUACCAUCCCUGAGCACACAAAAUUGGCUUCAAGUUGCCUCUUAAUUCUGGAGUUCGUGAUGAUCGUUGUCUUUGGCUUGGAGUUCAUCAUUCGAAUCUGGUCUGCAGGUUGCUGUUGUCGUUAUAGAGGAUGGCAAGGAAGACUAAGGUUCGCUCGAAAGCCUUUCUGUGUAAUAGAUACCAUUGUUCUUAUCGCUUCCAUAGCUGUUGUUUCUGCAAAAACUCAGGGUAAUAUUUUCGCCACCUCGGCUCUCAGAAGUCUCCGGUUCCUACAGAUCCUGCGUAUGGUGCGCAUGGACAGAAGGGGAGGCACUUGGAAGUUGCUGGGCUCAGUGGUUUAUGCUCACAGCAAGGAAUUAAUCACAGCUUGGUACAUAGGAUUUCUUGUUCUUAUCUUUUCAUCUUUCCUUGUCUACCUGGUGGAAAAGGAUGCCAAUAAAGAAUUUUCUACAUACGCGGAUGCUCUCUGGUGGGGCACAAUCACACUGACAACCAUUGGCUACGGAGACAAAACGCCCCUAACUUGGCUGGGAAGAUUGCUCUCUGCAGGCUUCGCACUCCUUGGCAUUUCUUUCUUUGCACUUCCUGCUGGCAUUCUUGGCUCAGGUUUUGCAUUAAAAGUACAGGAACAGCACCGCCAGAAACAUUUUGAGAAAAGAAGAAACCCAGCUGCCAACCUCAUUCAGUGUGUUUGGCGUAGCUAUGCAGCUGAUGAGAAGUCUGUUUCCAUUGCAACCUGGAAGCCGCAUCUGAAGGCCCUACACACCUGCAGCCCUACCAAGAAAGAACAAGGGGAGGCGUCCAGCAGUAAGUUCUGUAAUAAUAAGCAGAAGUUCUUCAGAGUGUACACCUCACGGAAGCAGAGUCAGAAGCUGAGUUUCAAGGAGCGAGUGCGCAUGGCUAGCCCGAGGGGCCAGAGCAUUAAGAGCAGACAAGCCUCGGUAGGUGACAGGAGGUCCCCGAGCACCGACAUCACUGCCGAGGGCAGCCCAACCAAAGUGCAGAAAAGCUGGAGCUUCAACGACCGAACCCGCUUCCGGCCCUCACUACGCCUCAAGAGUUCGCAGCCGAAGCCAGUGAUAGACGCUGACACAGCCCUGGGCACCGACGAUGUAUAUGACGAGAAAGGAUGCCAGUGUGACGUGUCCGUGGAGGACCUCACCCCACCACUUAAGACUGUCAUUAGAGCUAUCAGAAUUAUGAAAUUUCACGUGGCCAAACGGAAGUUUAAGGAAACAUUGCGCCCAUAUGAUGUAAAAGAUGUCAUUGAACAAUAUUCUGCCGGUCAUCUGGACAUGCUGUGUAGGAUUAAAAGCCUUCAAACACGUGUUGAUCAAAUUCUUGGAAAGGGGCAAAUCACCUCAGAUAAAAAGAGCCGAGAGAAAAUAACCGCAGAACACGAGACGACGGAUGACCUCAGCAUGCUUGGCCGGGUUGUCAAGGUGGAAAAGCAGGUGCAGUCCAUCGAAUCCAAGUUGGACUGUCUGCUGGACAUCUACCAGCAGGUCCUCCGGAAAGGCUCCGCCUCAGCCCUCACUUUGGCCUCCUUCCAGAUCCCGCCUUUUGAAUGUGAACAGACGUCUGACUAUCAGAGCCCGGUGGAUAGCAAAGACCUGUCCAGUUCCGCCCAAACCAGUGGCUGCUUGACGAGGUCAGCCAGUGCCAACAUCUCGAGAGGCCUGCAGUUCAUUUUAACGCCAAAUGAGUUCAGUGCUCAGACUUUCUACGCGCUUAGCCCUACUAUGCACAGCCAAGCAACACAGGUGCCAAUGAGUCAAAAUGACGGCUCCUCCCUGGCGGCCACCAAUAACAUUGCAAACCAAAUAAGCGCAGCCCCCAAGCCAGCGGCCCCGACAACUUUACAGAUCCCACCUCCUCUCCCAGCCAUCAAGCACCUGACCAGGCCGGAGACUCUGCACCCGAACCCCACUGGCUUACAAGAAAGUAUUUCCGAUGUCACCACCUGCCUUGUUGCCUCCAAGGAAAAUGUACAGUUUGCGCAGUCAAAUCUGACCAAGGACCGUUCCCUGCGGAAAAGUUUUGACAUGGGAGGAGAAACUUUGUUGUCCGUCCGCCCCAUGGUGCCCAAAGACUUGGGCAAAUCUUUGUCUGUACAAAACCUGAUCAGAUCGACAGAGGAACUGAACUUGCAAUUUUCGGGCAGUGAGUCCAGCGGCUCCAGAGGCAGCCAAGAUUUUUACCCCAAGUGGAGAGAAUCCAAAUUGUUUAUAACUGAUGAAGAACUGGGUGCCGAGGAGGCAGAAACAGACACUUUUGAUGCCACCCCGCAGCCUGCGGGGGAAGCUGCUUUUACGUCAGACUCUUUAAGGACUGGAAGGUCACGGUCAUCUCAGAACAUUUGUAAGACAGGAGACAGUACAGAUGCCCUCAGUUUGCCUCAUGUCAAACUGAACUAAAGUUCUUUGUUCCCUUCCUAGGCAUAGCUGUUCUUUUAGCCAUACAUAUCACUGCAUGAACUAUUCUGGAAGCCCUUCUAAAAAGUCGAAAUCGCAAGAAUCAGGAAGAACAUGAACGGCAAACUUAGAAGCCUGUUAUCUUUUAAUUGCAUGAAAAUGCAUGUUUAGGGAUGGCAGAAAUUCCAAGGUGCAUCGACAUUAACCCAUGCAUUU